CGGGGUUUGUGAGCUCAGUGCUGCUGCAAGCCCACCUUGGCUGCAGAGAGCUGCAGGGAAGGUUUUGAAUGAAGACAUUGGCUCAUUAAGGUCAUUGUUAGGACUAAUUUUUACUAAUUAGCAUGGUGAAUCAAAGAUCUGGGCUCCACUUUAUCCUGUUUGCAAGAUGUCAGAUGUAAAUGUUUUGGAUUUGGAGACCUUUCGAGUGGCAAAGUCUCCCCCAGAAGCCUUUUAUAUUCCUGAUUUCAUCUCUGAAGCAGAGGAGGCUUACCUUCUCCAACAGGUUUAUGGGGCCCCAAAACCAAAAUGGACCCAGCUGUCUGGACGGAGAUUGCAAAACUGGGGCGGGCUCCCGCACCCGAAGGGGAUGGUCCCGGAGGCGCUCCCCCCCUGGCUGCAGACCUACACCGACAGAGUCUCCGCCCUCGGGGUUUUCGGAGGGAAAGCGGCCAAUCACGUUCUGGUGAAUGAAUACCGCCCUGGAGAAGGGAUCAUGCCACAUGAGGACGGUCCCCUCUAUUUCCCGGCGGUCACCACCAUCAGCCUGGGCUCCCACACUUCCCUCGACUUCUACCAUCCGGUCGGGAGAGGGCAGCAAGAGGAAGGCGGAGAGGCUUCGGUCCCGCAGACGGAAGAGCAGCGCCGCUUCCUGUCUUUGCUGCUUCAGCCCCGAAGCCUCUUGGUUUUGAGGGAAGACAUGUAUGUCCGCUACCUUCACGGCAUCCGUCCCAUCACGGAAGAUGCCGUCACGGGACACAUGGCCAACGCCUGCGGGUACGAACCCGGAUCCACGCUGCAGCGGGGGACACGCGUGUCGCUCACCAUCCGCCGGGUCCCCAAAGUGCUGAAAACCUCAAUUCUUCUGGGAAGAAGAAAGUGAUUUGUUUUGCUUUGCAGGGCUGUAAAUCUCUAUAACUAAAAA